UGAUGAAUUUCUUGAAGAAGAAGAAGUGAUACCUGUUACCAAAGUUGAACUUCAAAAAGCCUAAAUUGUGUGAAACCAAUCAUCUUUAAAUUUGUGAGAACUUUGAUUUUGUGAUAAAACCUUGACAGAUACUACAAGUCUUUCAAUAUUUAACAGUGCAUCUGCAGUGCUUAUUGUAACUUUGAAAUGGAAUCAAAGAGUCUAGACAACACACACCAGAAUUGUUCCUCAGGAAAAGAUACUAUGAAACAGAAGGUAAAAACAGAAUCUACUGUUAGUAAACAGGACAGUGAUAUACAAGGAACCACAGAACUUCUUAAUCCCAGUGUGUUAGAUGAAGUGUUAGCAGAAAAGAAACUGGCUUUAAUGAGGUCACCAGAAGUUAUGAAGUUUUUACAGUCACAACAAGCAGAGCUGGCAAAACAACAAAAAGAUACAAACAAAGAUGAUGAAGAUUAAUCACAUCUACAUCACUGUAUUGUGUACUGUUCAAAGAAGCUGACAUAUUGUAUUUGUGAUUAUCCCUUUGUUAGACAUGAAGGCUUGAUGUACAUGGACUUUAAUUUAUAAAAUACAACAAAUGUAGUUUUUUAAAUACAUUUACAUUUACAUUAACAAUACAUAUUAAUGAAUAUUUUUAAAUCAACAGUAUGUUAAAUGUUGCUACAACCAUGAAUUUAAUACCUCUUGUUUUAUGCCUUUUAUCAAGUAAAUUUUAUGCAUACAA